UACCAGCUGUUCCUUCUUGUUUGCGAAGAAUGAAGCCGGGACUUCAUCAGCUGACGGGGCGGGCCUUCUGCUCGAGGAAGACACAGUGAGGCCGUCGGACAGCAUUAGUCUGAGAGCGGCUUCUCCUUCCCCUCCUCGGUGCCGAGACGUUCGCAGGGCCGAAGGUUCGCAUGUGCCGUGAGCUUCCUACGCCAAGAUGGAGACGUUCAACUCCCGUAACCUGGCCAUGCAAGCCGAGAAGAAAAUCCUCAGCCGGAUGGCCAGCAAAUCCAUGGCCAACAUGUUCAUCGACGACACCAGCAGCGAGAUCCUGGACGAGCUCUACCGGAUCUCCAAGGAGUACACCCAGAACCGGGCCGAAUCGCAGAAGGUCAUCAAGAACCUCAUCAAGGUGGCCGUCAAGAUCUCCGUCCUCUACCGGAACAACCGCUUCAGCUCGGCCGAGCUCGGCCUGGCGGAGGAGUUCAAGCACAAGCUGCACCAGGGCGCUAUGACGGCCAUCAGCUUCCACGAGGUGGACUUCACCUUCGAGAAGGCGGUCCUGGUCCAGAUCCUCCAAGAGUGCCGGGACUUGCUGCUGCAGCUGGUCGAGAAGCACCUGACGGCCAAGUCCCACGGCCGCAUCCGCCACGUCUUCGACCACUUCGCCGACGUGGAGCUCCUGACCCGGCUCUACAGCCCCGGGGAGCCGUACCAGCCGCGCUUGAAGAAGGUCUGCGACGGGAUGAACCGGCUGAUCGAUGAAGGGAAGUUGUGAAAGGCGGGGGGGAAGGGAAAAGAGACAGACACAGGGACGCGCCGGGGCAAAGUGUGACAGAUUGUGUAGGCUGUGGACACCUCAACUCCAGGUCCGCCAGCUUGGCAAAAAGCCAACGGGACCUGCGACACUUCUGGUGAACUACCGCACGGGCCGAUGUCUCUCCACUCCCGCAGCGAUUACACCCUUCAGCCACCCACCGGCCAGCAGCACCCACAGACAUCGAGGGGGGGAGGUGCAGCCCUGGUCACUAAAAGCCAUACCCAAGCUUGCAUUCCAUGUCUCCAAUGGUCCGUAGUGCUCAGCUUUCCAUGCCAUGAGGACU